CCCUCCGGCCUGUGCGGCGGGUCCGGCAGCGGCGCCGGCGCGGGGACAGGCGGAGGCGCGGGACGUGGGGCGGCGCCGCGGGCAGGGCCGGGCGGACGGGCGCUGGCAGCGGGGGCAGCGCCGCGGGCCGCUCCGAGUGGCCGCAGUCUGGGCCUUGGUGCUCCCAUCCUGCUCCGCCGCGGCUGGUGUGAGUGGCGGGAACCAUCUGUGGGCACUAUGGCGAAGAGGGAGGACAGCCCUGGCCCAGAGGUCCAGCCGAUGGACAAGCAGUUCCUGGUGUGCAGCAUCUGCCUGGAUCGGUACCGGUGCCCCAAGGUUCUGCCUUGCCUGCAUACCUUUUGUGAGAGAUGCCUCCAGAACUACAUCCCUGCCCAGAGCCUGACGCUGUCAUGUCCGGUGUGUCGGCAGACGUCCAUCCUCCCGGAGCAGGGCGUCUCAGCGCUGCAGAACAACUUCUUCAUCAGCAGCCUCAUGGAGGCGAUGCAGCAGGCACCGGAUGGGGCCCACGACCCCGAGGACCCCCACCCCCUCAGCGCAGUGGCUGGCCGCCCCCUCUCCUGCCCCAACCAUGAAGACGAUGGAGUUUUACUGUGAGGCCUGCGAGACGGCCAUGUGCGGCGAGUGCCGCGCGGGGGAGCACCGGGAGCACGGCACCGUGCUGCUGCGGGACGUGGUGGAGCAGCACAAGGCGGCCCUGCAGCGCCAGCUGGAGGCGGUGCGCGGCCGCCUGCCACAGCUGUCCGCAGCUAUCGCCUUAGUGGGCGGCAUCAGCCAGCAGCUGCAGGAGCGCAAAGCCGAGGCCCUGGCCCAGAUCAGCGCGGCCUUCGAGGACCUGGAGCAAGCGCUGCAGCAGCGCAAGCAGGCUCUGGUCAGCGACCUGGAGGCCAUUUGUGGGGCCAAGCAGAAGGUGUUGCAGACCCAGUUAGACACACUGCGCCAGGGUCAGGAACACAUCGGCAGCAGCUGCAGCUUCGCGGAGCAGGCGCUGCGCCUGGGCUCUGCCCCGGAGGUGUUGCUAGUGCGCAAGCACAUGCGGGAGCGGCUGGCUGCGUUGGCGGCUCAGGCCUUCCCGGAGCGGCCCCACGAGAACGCGCAGCUGGAACUGGUCCUCGAGGUCGACGGGCUGCGGCGGUCGGUGCUCAAUCUCGGCGCGCUGCUCACCACGAGCGCCACCGCACACGAGACCGUGGCCACAGGUGAGGGCCUGCGCCAAGCGCUUGUGGGCCAGCCAGCCUCGCUCACCGUCACCACCAAAGACAAGGAUGGGAGGCUGGUGCGCACGGGCAGCGCCGAGCUGCGCGCCGAGAUCACCGGCCCCGACGGCACGCGCCUUCCCGUGCCAGUGGUGGACCACAAGAACGGCACGUACGAGCUAGUGUACACGGCGCGCACGGAAGGCGAGCUGCUCCUCUCAGUGCUGCUCUACGGACAGCCGGUGCGCGGCAGCCCCUUCCGCGUGCGAGCCCUGCGUCCUGGGGACCUGCCACCUUCCCCGGACGACGUCAAGCGCCGCGUCAAGUCCCCCGGCGGCCCGGGCAGCCACGUGCGCCAGAAGGCAGUGCGUAGGCCCAGCUCCAUGUACAGCACGGGCGGCAAACGGAAGGACAACCCCAUUGAGGACGAGCUUGUCUUCCGAGUCGGCAGCCGGGGAAGGGAGAAGGGCGAAUUCACCAAUUUACAGGGAGUGUCGGCAGCUUGCAGCGGCCGCAUAGUGGUAGCAGACAGUAACAACCAAUGUAUCCAGGUUUUCUCCAAUGAAGGCCAGUUCAAAUUCCGCUUUGGGGUCCGAGGGCGCUCACCCGGGCAGCUGCAGCGCCCCACAGGUGUGGCAGUGGACACCAAUGGAGACAUUAUUGUGGCGGACUAUGACAACCGUUGGGUCAGCAUCUUCUCCCCUGAGGGCAAAUUCAAGACCAAGAUUGGAGCUGGCCGUCUCAUGGGCCCCAAAGGAGUGGCCGUAGACCGGAAUGGACAUAUCAUUGUGGUCGACAACAAGUCUUGCUGCGUCUUUACCUUCCAGCCCAAUGGCAAGCUGGUUGGCCGUUUUGGGGGCCGUGGGGCCACUGAUCGCCACUUUGCAGGGCCCCAUUUUGUGGCUGUGAACAACAAGAAUGAGAUUGUAGUGACGGAUUUCCAUAACCAUUCAGUGAAGGUGUACAGUGCCGACGGCGAGUUCCUCUUCAAGUUUGGCUCCCACGGCGAGGGCAAUGGGCAGUUCAAUGCCCCCACGGGAGUAGCAGUGGACUCCAACGGGAACAUUAUCGUGGCUGAUUGGGGCAACAGCCGCAUCCAGGUAUUCGACAGCUCUGGCUCCUUCCUGUCCUACAUCAACACGUCUGCAGAGCCACUGUAUGGCCCGCAGGGCCUGGCACUGACCUCAGAUGGACACGUGGUGGUGGCCGAUGCUGGCAACCACUGCUUUAAAGCUUAUCGCUACCUCCAGUAGCUGCACAGGGGCCCUGCCUGGCUCGUGGAGGGACAGUCAUGGGGGGAUUGGACAAGAGGGUCUGGCCAGGAGGUGGGCCGGACCUGGCAGCACUGAAUGUGGGCUGUGGGCGUGGGUGCGCCCGGUGCCCUCCCUCUCCCCCUCUCCCAACCCCACGGUUGCACUUUAUUUAUUCGGUUCUUGCUUUGGUGACUGGGUGGGCCUGGACUGUGGUCCCAAGGAUGUGUGCAGAGCUUCACCCUACCCUCCAUCCCUUACACACCUGCCCUGUCCCCCUCAGUCUGCUCCACACCCCCCAGCCUGGGGCCAGAACAGCCUCUUACUCCAGGGCAGAAGUCCCUUUGGUUGUCUCCCUACCACCCUGUACACACUGACAGAGACAGCAAUACCCCACCCCCCAUAUUAAGUAAAUGUGUUCACCAAGAUGGUUUUGUUGCUUUCUUGUGGGGUGGGGCUGUGAGGGUACAGGAGGUUGGGACUCGUUCUGAACUAAAGGAUGGACAAGCAGGUAGGCAGAGGAUCCAGAUUCCCAAAGAGUCCUGAUAUUUUACAGUUUCGGGAGUGGAGCGCAAGAGAGGGUGAAUCUGUGGGGCUCUUAGCCACCUGCCAAAUCCCUGUCCCUAGGCCCACAUCUCCUGCAGAAAUAGUAAGUCCUUUGGCUGUCUGCCCUACAGCUGAGAAGGAGCCUGGGAGAAAAUGACCCUUGACCAGAACACAGCCAGCAGCUGCAGGGAGAACAGUGU